ACAGGAAGUUGCGUGCACAUGUCUGCAGGAUCUACAUGAGCGAACAGCAUGGGGAGAGUUCGCAGGUGAUUUAAGAGCCAGUUUGAUAGGACAGAUUGUAUUGUAUUAUACUGAAAUAAUCUGAGGGCACGGUUUAAUUUAAACAGUAAGGGGGUAAACCAUUAAAGGGACACUAUAGUCACCUGAACAACUUUAUCUUAAUGAAGCAGUUUUGGUGUAUAGAACAUGCCCCUGCAGCCUCACUGCUCAAUCCUCUGCCAUUUAGGAGUUAAAUCCCUUUGUUUAUACAGUGCUAUUCACACAUCCCUGUUUGUGACUUACACAGCCUUUCUUUAACACUUCCUGUAAAGUGAGAUCUAAUGUUUACACUUCCUUUACUGAAAAUUAUGUUUCAGCUAGAAUUUCCUGUCGCUUGCUUUGUUACUAGCAAGUUUAAUUUAUAGAGCACAAGACAAACUUACAAAGAAAGUUAACGUGUUUGAAAAUGAAACCAUUUUUUUUUUUUUCGUGCAGGCUGUGUCAGUCAUGCAUUAACCAGGGAAGGUGUGGCGAGGGGUGCAUUACCUGCAAGGGUUAACUCCUCCUCUCGUGGCUGGUUCGCUUGUUAUUUUUCUGAGAAAACAAAUACUACAUCUGGCAACUGUACAUCUGGUUAUCACUAGAGCUCAAAUGUGUAUUUUGUUUUUCUAAUUUAUAAUGCGGUUCUGUCACAUUCUGGGGUCUUUUGCAUAUUUUGGAAAGACCCCAGAUGGUAACUACUCUGCUUGCAGUGUGGUGGUGCAGAGGAAGGUAGUUUAUUUUAUUUACCUUAACCUCUCCCUUGUGCCAUCUUCUUCCACAAAGUUCUCUUCAGCUACUGGUAAUUCAUUUGUCAGGAGCCAAUGUCCAUAUGUUACUUUUGUUCAUGCAUGAGAGUAAAACACUAAUGUCUAUGGAGGAUAUCUCAAGACCAUGAGAUCCUUUAUAGUGAGAGCCUUUUUGACACAGUGAUAGCUUCUUCUUUCUGUCAAGCAUAGUAAAAUACAUAAAGUGGUCCCUACAUUUGUCUUAUAUAUUUUAGGAAACACAAUUUUGAGUGGUAUAUAAUUCUCAAACACCUAUGUCUUCACCUUAGGCUUACUCUGUAUAGCACACAGAUAUCAACAAACAACCAGUGGUGAGUUCACUGUUAAAAUGUACAUAGAUAUGGUAAAUACUAAAAACACUUACCAAUAAGUAGUGAAAAAUACGAUCUCCCAAAUGAGUAGCAACUUGAAAUUGUAACACUCUUUGUCAACUUUAACAGGCUAAAAAACAUAUAGUGUAGAUUUCAUGACACAGCAACAUAUAGCAAACACAUAGUGCACUUAAAAAGAGCUCCAUAGAGAUGAAUGUUUUGCCGGUGAUAUGGAUCCGUCCAUAAACACAAGGCACAGGCACAACUUUUGAGUUGAUCAUAAGGGAUAAGCGGCAGCCAUAUUUUCUGUACCCCACGUCAUUUGGUCAUAUUUUUGUUAUUAGAGAGGUUGUACAGCGCUACAGAAUCUGAUGGCACUAUAUAAAUAAUACAUUAAUAAUAAUUAAAUCUGUCAGAGUAGAAGCUGUUCGUACCUUCCUUCUGUCACACACUAUCUGGCAUUGAAGAUUCAGAUCCCAGCCUCAGCCCAUCACACUUGUGAAAGUCCUCUGGUAGUUUGGACCAAGAUCCAACGUGUGGAAAGCAUUCUAACUAAAGGUUUACGAGAGAGGAGUCCCAGUGAUUGUUGUGCCUGAUUAGCGCUGUUUAGUGCUCUUUGCAAGUGCGAUAUGUGCAUGUGAUAGUUUGCUGUGUUCUACAAUCUACAUUAUAUGUUUUGUAAUUGUUUUUUAGCCUUUUAAAGUUCAUGAAGGGUGUUAGGAUUUCAAGUUGCUCCACAUUUGGUGGAUUGUAUGCUUUUUAGUAAUUACCAUAUUUAUAAACAAUGUCACAGUGAUCUCUUUCCAUACCUCACGACUGGUUCUUUGUUGAUAUGUAUAAUAUUUUUCGACUGGUUUGGAAUUUCAGUCUUCAUGAGCAUUUCAUAAAGAUGUUAUCUAUAAAAAAUGCUCAUGGGAGCCAAUGCCACUUUAAGUUCAUUUUAGUAAAAGUUUAGGUGGUAAUUUUCUCUAAUAUUAUGUGCUCUGCGCAGUUAUGCUCACUUUAGUGGUUAUGGUGCUAUGGGUUCUAUUGCCUGACAAAUAAAACAACACUCUUUUACGAGCUGCCAUUGAUUGCUCUUCCCUCUGCUGCCACUUAUAAUGUGGAAAUUACAUUAAUGUAUUGCGCAUUAUCAAGAGUGCGUCGGGUCGAUCCUGUAGAGCAAAUAUUGGCUGGGAGUGUUGGGCUCUGAUGGUGCUUAGAAUGCCUCUUUAAAAUAUGAAGAGGAUUAAUUAUACAAAUCAGAUUAAGGUGGAUGCUCCCGUCUUGGUGCCCGUUUGGUAAAGCGACUAUGAGCAGAUCUACAGACUGGGGAGUGAUCUGUAUGUUAGCAGCCACAUUGUCUUAACCUCUUGAAAUGUUUUCGGUCAGACAGUUUAAAUACAUGUUUUUCUUAGUAAUAUUUAAUUUUGUUAAUAUGUCUUACUAUAUUUUUAUUUUUGCAGGGGCCAUAAAUACCAGAAACCUGUAGUAGAUGAAGACGUAUAUGAUGAGUCCAUAUCGAAGGCAAAUGUCCCUUCCACAAAAGAUGUAAGUUUCAAAAGCAUAUUUUGCCAGGGUAUCCAUUGUGCUAACCUUAUAUCUCAAAAUUAAUGGACAGCAGUCAUUUACUUGAGUUGGGUUACAUUAACACAUGAAUGAUUAAUGCUAAGCGUUAUACUAAACUGCGGUUACACUUACGAAUUACACAAUUAAUGUGAAAACCUAAACUGACACUAAAGGUACUCAGACCACUUGCUGCAAUGUAAAACUGCAAUGUUUUUAUUGCAGGGUUAAACACACCUCUAGUGGCUGUCUUCCUGAGUGGUGCUUCAGCUGCAAAAACCAUGGUAGACACAGUUGUUGAAUCAAAUUCUCAUACAGAGCUUUUGAUUUGGCGCAGCUUGGAAAUUUGCUGUGCAUGCGCACUACCUUCCCAAUGCUCCCCUAUGGUGAAUUGGCAAAGACCAUCCAGACUGAUGAUCUCACCCAGGGAGGCAUGACAGCACAAUGAACAAUGACAGUGCAAGGGCUAAAAAAGAAGUAAACAUUCUAAUUUUCCCUUUUUUAUUGCGUUAGCAAUGCAUGUUUCUAUUUCUAAUUCUACAAGGUUUCAUUAAAACAGCUCUUUCAUAUCGAUAUCACUUUUGAGUGUUACCUGACAAAAUCUUUAUGCAAUAGUAAUUUUGACUGCAUUGAAAUUCGAAUGCAAUCAAAAGCUAUCAUAAGACAGUAUAGGGAUUACUUUGUUUUAUGGGCAGUGUGGUUAGUGACGGCUCUGGAUUACUGUAAAAAUGGAAAUCCCGCACACUACCUUAUAUACUAAACAGCUACUUUGGUGCUGACAGAUUUUGCUAGUUUUAUUAAAAUCUAGGCAAAAAAUAAUGGGGGUUUCGUUACAUUAUAUGAUCAUACAUUGCAUAAGCCUGCCACAACGUCAAUGUACCCCAUCUUUGGCAGGUCCUACUCUUACAACCAACUGUCUACUAAAUGAGCUACUCACUUGGGAAAAUCUGGGUUACUGGCAUCUUCUCACACAUCUUCAUCCUUGGUGUUGAAAGGAUCCUGCACAAUGUAGAAUUUUAUUUAGUGCAUAAUUAAUUGGCUGCUGGAACCUGCUACAUAUUCCUUUGUUUGAUUUAAGUUAAAUUAAUCAAGCAGGAGGUUAUAACUUCUAAAAGUAAACACUCUGUGCUAUAAGAACUAAGCAGGCGUAACAUUGUGUUUCUGUUUUGGCCUUAAACUUAGUUACCUUGGCAAUUCCUAUGAUCCAUGCUUUAACAAACAGGCAAUAGUUCUAUUGUUAUUGUGGUGAAUGUACCACAUUUUUGCGGAUGUAUAAAAAGUUCUUUAAACAGCAGAAUUGCUGUGCUAUUUGGAAUGUUUCCAAAAAUAUUUUUGUUUUAUCCUUUCUAGAUCUCAUCAGAUUAUUAUAACGAUGAGGUUGAUAAAUACCACGAGGAAAAGUUCAAAGUAAGUAGAGGCACCAAUUAUUUGUCUAUACUUUACCGUCUUCAUGUUAAGCAGAGCUAAUACAAUUCUUUAUAAUUUGCCAGGAUCAAAAAUAAAUAAAAGACAUGUUUGUAUUCUCCCAUAACCUUUUCUGUAUCCUUUCUGACAAGCCAUAUUUGUUUCUUCAGAGUCUCAUGAAACAAGGAGUGGACUUGGACAGUGAUGAAGAACCAGUGGACAGUGAGGUUAGUAAAAUAAAAUGUAAGUUUUUUAUUUAUUCAACAACAGAAAAUAACCAUAGAAGUGAGAGUAUUUGCCUCAAAAACUUUAGUGUUAAAGAGAAUUACUAAUUCUAAUAGCUUGCAAAGACAAUUUAAAUAUAAUUACAUUGAUACCAUUGUACAUUCUUUCUGACCUACAAAUUAACUCCAGGCAUCAUAAUCACUAUUAUUGUAUGUAUUGGUUAUGGUGCCAGGAGUGCCUUUAUAUUUAAACUGUUUGCUAAUGCCUUGACAACUUACUUAGCGUCUGCCAAGCAUGGGUCACCUCCUCCAUUGAGAGCCAGAUGUUCUUGCACCGUUUGCAAAUAGUUUGACUAUUUAUAUGGUGGACGCCAAGACACGGUGUAGUGGUCAUGGUGCUUGGAGUGUUCCUUUUAAGCAAUAGUGAUGUUUUAAGCUGUCAUAACAUCAUAAAUAAUCUGUUCCACUAUUUUAGUGGAGUCAAACGGGGGGGGGGGGUGUCAUGACUAAUCUCUGUUGUUUAUAAGGCUUAGAGGGAGCCUUAUGUUUUAAGGUGUGUCGCCUACUUCCAUUUUUUUGAUUUUUAUAUAUAUAUAUCUUUUAGUUAGGUAUAUUAGCGCUGAACCUUUUUUAUCCUUUUGUCCACUAUUAUAGUUACAUUAUGACUGUAUAGGACUUCCAAUGCUUGCACACGACUUUUAUUGGUCAGAUUGUAAUGAGUGCAAAGAAUAUACUUGGUGCAUAAAAUAUAACUGUCCCAAUUGAGAUUUUUGUGCUAUAGCUAACUAAACAUUAGCUGCGGGUUAUUCUAUUUUUAAUCUCAGGUGUUUUAGUUUUUUUAAUGGAUACAUUGUAGUAAUGUUACCGGAGGAAUAACAGGAACAAACCGCAGAAGCCACACAUAGAGAUAUGGACACAAGUCUUCAGGAAGUAACAGGUCUUUUAUUUACACACCGAUCGGGUCUCACACUGAACUUGUGUUCAAAAGGUCUGAGCCCAGAGCAUAGUUUUCACAGGCUAUUUAUUAACAAUAACUCCUCCCAUUCAUAGCUCCACUCACACAUACCCUUAGAGCAAUCCGUGAACAGGAUAUUCAGGAUCACCUAAUAUGGGCAGACCGUAUGACUCCUUUUAAGGACAAAGGAAUGUGACUACAGUUAAUGCACAUGCUCAGUACAUUGAUGACAGUAUCUUAGCUACAUGUAACUAACUAACAGAUACAACAAACACCUGUACUUGUAUAUGCCACAUGGAGAUUUCAGGCCUACUAAAUUUUGAACCAUGUUGAAAUUCCAUCACAGUAAGAUUGGACACAACACCCUGAAAGGAAUGCAUAAACAGUGACUUUGCCCUCUACACAGAAAUGCUGCAGAGUUAGUUUUGGAUUAUUUUCCCCUCUUACUUGACGCCCCCCCACACCACUCCCAGUAAGAAAUUCCAUGUUGUUUACAUAGGUAAAGCAAUAAGGAACCGUACCUUGCACAAAGUUGGGUUAGCCAAUAUUCCCAGUAACAUUACAUUAUUAAGAUCUGUUACAAUACUUUAACAUUUUGUGCUCCUUACUUUCCUUGCAUUAACAUAACCAUUUCCAGUGUUUAUCAGGCCAGCUUAAGUGUACCAUCAUAUGCAUAUUAGGUUAAAAUUAAGUCUUCUAUUUUGGUAAAGGUAGCUAACUAUUUCUAUGUGCCGAUCUGAUUCAUUUGUAAUAUGAUCUUGAUUCAUUGAUGUAUUUAUUUUUAAUGGACUUGCUAUUGGACACAAUGUUUUUGUAAAAUUGAUGAAAUGUAUCUAGGAUGAAGUAAUGCCUCUUGACAUUGAAGAUGAUGACGAGGAUGAGGAAGAGGAAGAUGAAGUCGAUGAUCAUAGUUCUAUGGCAAGUGACAUGGAAGAGCGUCACAAUGAUGGUUUGUCCAAUUUUUUUUUAAUUUUUUUUCUGUAUUUUCAGUAAUCAGAUAAUGAUUCAUUAUAACAAUACCACGUAUUGGUUGAACAGUUUAGUAGCUGGCGCUAGGUAGUAACAAAAUGUGGGUCUAUAAUUUACUAUAUGAUAUAAAAUAUAUAACAACUUCACAUGUACAAAAGGGCCUUUACUCGUUAAACAGAAAUUGUAAAGAACUGGCAGGGGAAAUGAACAGGACAAUUUUGCUAAUGUGGAAACUGUUUGCCAAUAUUCCAGUUUAGGGAAUAAUUCAAUGAAUUCCACAUUCCAGAUACCUGGGUCUCAUGAACAUUGUCAUGUUUGUCACUGAUCUAUCACUAAGCACAUGACAAUUUUUGCUAAAGGAGGUACUGCAAACACCAUGAUGUGUUUAACAUACAGAGUUUAAACCUCUUUUGUUGAUCACAUUGUAGGCUUCAUUGGCCUUCCACACGUACAGUAAAGUGAGUGUAGUAUGGAUUGGUUUAGUAUGUGGAAUGAUGUUUUAAAAACAAAACAAUGAGCAUCUUGCACUGAUCUCAAUGACAAACUCUUGCUUAUUUGACAAUUGGUACCUUUGGUUCAACCGCACAGUUAGGAAUCAACUGUAUAUUCCUACUUAAUACAUAGUCUUUGGGCACUGAAAGAUUUAUUAUUUUGCUGUUUUGUUGUCUUUUCUUUGUUGUUUUUGGUAAUUAAGGUCUAGAUGUUCACAGAUUUUUAUUGUUCCUAGUUAAGGUUGUGAUUGUGCUUUGUUAUUGUCCUUUGCAGGUCUUCCAAACGAGUUGGCUUGGGGUCAGAAGAAGAAAAUCUACUACGACACAGACUACACAGAGAGCAGAAAGAAAAGUAUGCCUUAAACAUUUUCAUUUUUUUUCAGUACAGCUGUUUUUCACAUCCAUCACUUCAUGAUACAUAUGUCUUAUUUUAACUCAAUGCUGUAAAUUGCUUCUACAGAAGUGAAAAAAACCAAAGAAGAACUUGAUGCCGAGGCUGAAGAGGAAGAGGAGGAGGCUCAAAACGUACAAAGGAGAUUGGCUAAAGCUCUGAAUGAGGAAGAUUAUGGCCUGGAUUUCAUUCAGGUAAUUAUGGUCUAUGGAUUUCAUUCAUGUCUUCCAUGAAUCUCAGUGCUUGUAUUCCAAUGUUCUUAGAGAACACUCAGUGGGUAAAGUGAAAAGUGUGGGUACGCACAUUGAAGAUUAAGGAAUGAUGUCCAUGUGAGCCAAGUCUUUGGGAUCUGCCUGAAAGAGAGUGUUUCAAAGCCGCCUUGAUUUUUAUUUUGUUGGUUUACAAGUGCAAUUGAGGAGAUUUAUGAGAAGGGCAUAGGAUGUACAUCUCCCUGCAAAUAUGAACUGCUGCCUUUGUAUUAUGUACUAAAUGGGGAAUUUUGAAAGGUUACCUUUAACUGUGUUAGGUUGAAAUGUUUAUCCUUUGAAUGACACUAAAGACAUAUAAUGUCAGGAAUCAAAGACUGACCAGCUGCAAUGGCCAGCUUUGGGCUCCUCCAGUGUUUACCCAGUGUGUUUCCCAUAAGCUUUGGGCUCCUCCAGUGUUUACCCAGUGUGUUUCCCAUAAGCUUUGGGCUCCUCCAGUGUUUACCCAGUGUGUUUCCCAUAAGCUUUGGGCUCCUCCAGUGUUUACCCAGUAUGUUUCCCAUAAGCUUUGGGCUCCUCCAGUCCAGUGUUACCCAGUGUUUACCCAGUGUGUUUCCCAUAAGCUUUGGGCUCCUCCAGUGUUUACCCAGUGUGUUUCCCAUAAGCUUUGGGCUCCUCCAGUGUUUACCCAGUGUGUUUCCCAUAAGCUUUGGGCUCCUCCAGUGUUUACCCAGUGUGUUUCCCAUAAGCUUUGGGCUCCUCCAGUGUUUACCCAGUGUGUUUCCCAUAAGCUUUGGGCUCCUCUAUUGUUUACCCAGUAUGUUUCUCAAAAGGUGAAGUUCUUAUUUUUUAAAUGGAUAAAGUUAUGCACUUGUGAUCGGUAUAUAGUUUAAGCAAAUUCUUGGGGUUUUGAAACUCUUUUUAAUGGAAAAAUAAAUCCUGCUUACUAUUAAUUAGGAAUUUGGAGAAAAACCUUCGGAGGAGAAGCCAUCAGAGGAGAAGAUUGUUAAAGAUUUGGACAAAAUGUCUGAAAAAGAGAAAAGAAAGUUGCUGAAGAAAGAAUCACCUGAAUUAAUGGAACUGAUCCAAGAUUUAAAGUCAAAGGUGAACUUGAAAAGGGAAAAACCCAUUAAACUAACUAUGAAUUAUUUUUUUUCUUGUACCUGCAUUUGCAAAAUUCUACAGGUUGUUCAAAUGUGCAAUAAUGCUAAAAGUGUUUUUAUGUAUUCUGUGAACCAAACUGUGAUUCUAUACACUGUGUUAGGGUUGUAAGGUCUUGUGGGAGGCAUUAUUUGGGGGUGGUGAGGCAGCUGAUCAUUUAUUGCCAGCUAUGCUCUUUAAAGCGGCACUGUUACAUCAAGGCAAGCCUUUUAAGUGAGUCCUAAGUUAAGUCGUUCUAGUUUAUUUUAAGCUCAGCUAGCUGCCACAGUACCUUUUUACAAAUUACUGUCCUGAGAUGCUAAAACCUGAUCGAUGGCACAAGUAGCAAGGAAAUGGGAUUUAACAGCUCACUCUUCAUUUGGCUCUUUAAAUGUAUCACAUUUUCUUUUUUAAAUACCCGUUUUAACAAUUUGAUUGUAUUGGAUAGUUAACAGAAGUGACAGAUGAUCUGGACCCACUUGUACAGAUGGUGAAGGAAGGAAGCAUUCCAAAAAAGGUUAGUUCAUAUAGGUUAUUGUAUAAUCUGUGAUGUGCAGAAUGUAUCUACAAGAUAAGAAUCUGUUUCCAGUCUAAAUUCCGAAGAUUAAAUCUCAGUAGAGGGGACCGCUACUAAAGAAAAUUGUAUGUCACUAGUAUAUUUCCCCAAUGUUAAUUUCUGGCUGUGUGACAUGACUACACAUCUAUGUAUCACUCUCUCUGUAUCAGUCAUGCUGGCCAUUUGCUAAAAAAUCCCCAUAAAGAUACAUUGAUUCAGUUAUUCCUAUGGGAAAGCAUUGGAUUAGCUGACAUUGUCAAAUUUGAUUAUCUCAAUCACGGAGAUAAAAACAGUCAUUUUACCACAAUAGUGUCAGAAAUACAUGUAUGUGUUCCUGACACUAUAUUGUUCCUUUAACCCCUUAAGGACACAUGACAUGUCUGACAUGUCAUGAUUCCCUUUUAUUCCAGAAGUUUGGUCCUUAAGGGGUUAAAUGUAUAAUCCAGGCUGUAGAACUAAACAUUUGUUAAAUGUAGGGAUACAUAUACAUGACAAUGAAAUUCUGAUUCAUGAUAUAAAAUAAGGCUUAAUUUUCAUAGAGUAUCAAAAAUAGAGAAGAGGGUUGCACCCAACCACAAAAAUCACAGGGUGCUGAGUAUGGGUCAGCAUACCCCAUAGAAUAUACAUAAAAGAAAAAAUCUCAGACACUCACUGUGAUACGUUUAAAGCUGCUUUAAUAGAUCCGCAACGUUUCGACCUGUACCCAGGUCUUUAUCAAGCUAACACCACAACAACAAGUAAACGUUUAUAAACACACAUAAUUAAUGUGAGAUUACAAAACUCAGUAACACACACAGUGAUAUAAAUAACACAUGAUAAGCUAAUUUAGUUAAUGGACUCAUUAGUUCAGUUCACAAGCUCUUUCAAAACAUGGAAAAUGGAAACCGUACAUGGCAUUUAAAAUAAAUAGAAACAAGGAAUAGAUGGAAUCCACAUAUUAAAACAAACAGAGGGGGUCACAAAAGUGUGCAUACCUCUCAGUAACGAUAUGUGGUCACAUACUAUUGGCAAAUCUAUAAAUAAACUCUAAUAUAUCAAGUAAUUAAUGAUAAAAGAGAAAUAAUAAGAAGAAAAUGUGAAUAAGUAAACCCAUAGUUAAUAAAUUACCUUAUAAAUCCUCCAUAAUAACAGCCCAAUAUGCCUGCGGUAAAACGAGGCGCAUGUGCAAGUAAGGCGCAUGUGCGGGCAACGGAAGGGCACAAAAAGGCGCAUGCACAAGCACGUAUCAGUGGGUGCCUGAGAUUUUUUCUUUUAAUUUUCAUAGAGUGAGAUUAAACACACACGGGUGACAAGUGAUUCACUUGCCAUAAGACUUUAUGCGCUGGGUCAGGCUCUGCCUACGCUCCUCCCCCGCCGACAUCUGCCAGCGUGCGAGAUCUAAAGCGUAUGUGUGGCAAUGGCCUCGCUCGCAUUAAGAUUUCCCUAUAGGAAAACAUUAUUUAAUGCUUUCCUAUGGGGGAAAAAUCUGACGUUGGAGGUCCUCACGCAGAGUGUAAAGACGUUCAGCGUCCGAUAACGGACCAGAGGCCCAUUUGGAUUCCGAAAGCGCCCACAGUGGCUGUCUGGUAGACAGCCAUUGAGGACGGACUUAGAGCUGCAAUGUAAAGGUAAGUAAAAUAGGGACACUGCACCCAGACCACUUCAAUAAGAUGAAGUGGUCUGACUGCCUACAUUGUCCCUUAACGUCCUUUUCAGUUGCUAAAGUCAAUGCAUUUUUAUUGAUUGUCAUUCUUUUAUAGGGCAGGAAGUAUCUCCAGACAAAAUACCAGCUUUACUUAAAGUAAGUGCACUUUAAACUUUUAUUGGCCACAUGUUACUGCUUCAUCUGCACAUGACUUAAUCCACCGAUUUUUGUAUUUCCAGUUAUUGUACAAAUAUCAGCUUUUAUUUGCUUUUGAAAGCAAAGAGAAUCCCCAUUCAAGGCCAUCCUGUGAUUGAAAGACUUGUCACCUACAGAAAUGUAAGUGGAUUCAUUUUCACUGAACUUUGGCCAUCCUGCAUGUGUACUGUUGUCAAUCUUCUUUAUCUCACCGAUAUUAGGUUGUUCUUUUGGUAGGGCGCUAACUCACUGGCUUCAUGUGAAUGAAGUAAGCAGCCAAAAUUCUGUUCUGCAAUUCAAAUUAAUAGAAACUCCUAAAGAUAUCUGGGCUCAAAAUGUCCACUCACCAUGAGUCAUUGGUGAAUGAAAAUGUAUCCCUGGUGAGUGUGAUGUGGACCCUUCAGGCUUUCAACGGCAAGUACAUUUUAACAGGCAAGGAGUAAAUGGUGUUGUAGAGGAUUAGUAUAUUUCUGUACCCACCCCAUUCAAGCUCACAAAAGCUAAGUAAGAUCAUCAAAAUGUAGAUGCUCCCCUCUUGUAAAGCUGAUUUGCCAAUAGAGAGGGAGUUCUAGAACAGUCUACCUUCUUUCUACUCCUGCGCUAAGCAUUUUUUGUCACAGCCUCAGAGCUAAAACUUCAAUCAAUUUUUUUAUACAUGCGCACAUAAAUAUACUUAAUAUUUAUUAUUCUUUAUUUGCAGCUGAUAAAUGAUUUGGGAGUUGUAGAUCAACGACUGUCUGAACAAAUUCAACGGCUUCGAACGAGAGGUGUGCAAGAGAUCAUAUCUGCUAAAGAAAAAUCUACCAAUCAGCCGCCAAUUUUACGGAAAAAAGCGAAGAAAGUUACUGCGGUGAGGACCUGCAUUCUUCUAUGUGUGCUAGAGAACAUGACUGACUGAAACUUACAUUUAAACAUACACAAUUGCAUAUACUGUAUUAAACCACACAGGAUCUUAAGCUAUUCCUAACCACUUAGGAAUCUUAUGGCGUCCACAGUAAGCUAGUAGCUUGCUGUGGACGCUAUCACGCUUCAGAACAAGUUAAAGCAGUCCAGAAUAAAAAGUAUCAGCAGGUACAGAUGUAAAUUAGAGACCUGGUUUAUCCGUUAUGAUAACGGACUAUAUAUCACCAUAUAACUUGUGUCAGGAUAAUAUUUUACUUAUUAUUUCAUUUUCUUUUUUAUUAACCUUUGUAUCAUAUCAAAUAUAGACUCGUCCAUAAUCUUAAUUCAAAAGUCCACUUUUGACUUUUUAGAGCGUAAAAUCACUGUAAAAAUAUAUGCACCUUCAAACCUAGAACUAAUUUAAGAAAUGUAUGCUAACUUACAAUUAAAUUGUGCGCUAGAGGUGUGUGUUAAUGGUCUUUGGAAUGCACUGUGAUGGGCACACCGCUAGAAAUCUAUGCAUUAAAAGGAGGUCAUCAGUUUGCCAUGGUCCAUAUAUUCUAAAACCACUGAAUAUCUUUUACAUUCUGUUUCUAGAAUAAGGCAUUUGUUGAAAACUCUGAAGACUCUGAUCUGGAUGAGGAAGAAGCCUUGGAAUACUACAGAGAGAUGGAAAGCAAAUUGUUGGAAAAAAGAAAGCGUAAACAUGAAGACGUGGUGUAAGUAACAAAAAUCAGGUUUUUGUCCAUUCAGUGAGGAUGGGGUGUAGUCUCGUGACUGAAAACUAAAGGAGCACAUGUAUUUCUAAUGUUAAUUUUCUGCCACCUGAUUUUAUAUAUAUAUGUAACAUUCAAAUAAAUCAUUUUUACUUGCCUUCUAUCUGAGCUGCUGCUCCUCCCACUACUGGUGAUCUCCACCAUUUCAUUGCUUCUACAUAAAGUAGUAUUGGGGACCUACUGUGCUUAUGAUGCAAUCGCCAUCGCUAAUUCAUCUCAAUUGGGAGUGUUUGUGCCUUCAUGCAGACUCAGAGACUGCAGUAACAGUCUCUUUGCGCCAAAAGCGCUACUAUAAGCUGUAGUGGUUUUGGUGCUCCAUGUUCCUUUAAAUGGACUGUUUCUCAUCUUGUCAGUUAACAAUAAACUUUUAAUAUGUUGUCAUGCACAUUGUUAUUUAUAUAUUACAAUCUUUUCCCUUUGUAGUGAUGACUUGCCAACAGAAGAGAUGGAUCCCAAUGCCAAGAGAGCAAUUACUUAUCAGGUAAUAUUAUAAGAUAAUGUAAAUCGGAGGAAGAGAAGAAUGCAUGUUCACCUUAUUGAGCGUAUUUACUGUGCUAUAAAAUGUCGUCUGCUGCUAAAUGUAGUGAGACCGUAAAGAAACAGAUUGAUGGCACUAGCACACUAUGGCAUGGUCAAUGGAUUAACACAGAGAUUGCAUCAUGCUCAACUGUGUAAUUUUCUUGCAUACAGGUCCGGCUUCUGAAUGCAUUGCUGUGUCUGUGACCACAAUAAUAGCCGAUUACAAGUCAGGAAUGUUCACAUGAUGUAGGCAAUGUAAAUCUAGAUUUGUCAUGUCUGUGUAACUCACUUCUUUAAGAAAUCAGCAGCGGUUAUACACUGUGACUUUGGCGCAUAGCACAAUGUGUGUCAAAGAAUGUAUUAAAAAAAAAAAAUACUAUGUUUCUGCAAACUGUAAAACGUUUGAGAGUGGAUUGGGGGAGGAGAUGUAGUUUAGUAUACGAAGGUGGGAGAAUAAGAGGUAGGACUAAUUUUACUUGAUUUGAAGUUUUAUAUAUUUUGUUUCCUCCCAAUGCUAAUUUUAGAUUGCAAAGAAUAAAGGACUUACACCUAAAAGAAAGAAGAUUGAUCGCAACCCACGUGUUAAACAUAGAGAAAAAUUCAGACGUGCCAAGAUUCGCAGAAAGGGCCAGGUAUGUAAACCCUACACGUUAUCUUACAGUCAUGUUCUUUCUUCCAUCUUUUGGGAGAUCCAUAAUGUAGGCAAGGCUAUGCAGUUAAUACAGAGUGUGUGACCUAAUAUAUAUAUUGAAAUCAUUCAUUUUCUGAACCACUUCAAUGUUUUGUUACAGAAAAGUACGUUUUAUAAUCUAUAAUACUAUUUACAAACACAUUAGCAAAGUUCCAUCGUCAACCGGCUUCCAAAAAUAAAUAAAUGCAUAUUUGCAUGUAAAGAUACAAACAUUCAAGGUGGGAAGUCGAACCCUCUCACACCAGUUAGAGAUGCUCCAGUAUUCAGUCUCUUCUAUCCCAUAAAUGCAUAUCCAGCACAGGAUGCGUGGAAUGGUCCUAAAUCUUUAUAGCAGUAACAUUUUGGCUGCCAUCGAUUUAUACACAACUAGGUUCACUGUUUAGUCAAUUGAUCUAUAUACAGCUAGCGGUAGAGCCAUGUUCUGCGGCUUGACUCACUGUCACGGGAGGAGGAGGCACUCAGCAAAACUAUUAUAAAGAAAGUUUAAGUUAUUGUUUGUAAAUUAUCCUUUUUGCAGUAGAAUUUUUUUUUUUUUUUAAUGAAAAUAUCUGAUAUUAAAUUUUUUUGUUAUAUCCAGGUCCGAGAAGUCCGUAAGGAAGAAAGCCGAUACGCCGGUGAAUUAUCUGGAAUCAGAGCUGGAGUUAAGAAGAGUGUCAAGCUUAAAUAGACUUCAUCAUAAACCUCAUUGUAUAAUAAACAUUUUGUUUUAUUUUUCAUGGAAUAGAGUUCAGUUUGUAGUUGUCAUAUAAAACGCUUUGAAAGGUGCAGGUGAAGAAUGGGCUGUGUUUUAAAUAAGAAGAAACCUUAAAUAGCAAAAAGAGAUUCCCUUGUUGGUAUUUCAUAGUUACAAGUUGGCUAGCAAAUGUUGCAAUUCACUCUAGUGCUAUAAAUGCUUUAAAACAGAAAAAUAUUUUUAAAAAAAUUUUCAAAUGGCAUGGCAGAACUUGAAUGGAAUUUGCUGAAUUCACAGCCAGUCACACCUGUUCCAAAUACCAUCUUGAAGGAAAUGACACCAUCUGCAAGUUUCUCGGCUUUCAAGUCUCUUGUCAACACGUUUUAUAGCACAAUUCUUGUAUUAAUGACAGUUAUGUUAGUGCACUAUGUAGCAUCCCUUACAGAUUCAGCAUAUAGUCCCUAACACUGCCUCUUUCACCAGUGGGUAAUCUAGCGCCUCUUUAUAGCACUCUUAUCCAGAGCACUAUAUGUCGAUUAGUAUUUUACAAGAUCGAAAUAGCCAAAUAUUAAAAGUAUGCUAUGCUUUCAGUUUGAAAUUCACUCUCUCAAUUUCGUAAAUAACCCUGUUAGUCUCCAGUAAACAUUAGCAGCAAAUAGGAUUUCGUAUCCAGAUCCUGAGAUACAGGGAUCUACUUACAAAGUAGGUGUUUUAGACCCAGUGAUAUACCAAAUAUAUAACAUUGAACUCUGCAGUGUCUUAUGUGCCCAUUUUUUAAAAUAAAAUAAAUGCACACCCUGAAACUAUAAAGCAAGGGAUGUUUUUGCAUAAAGUAUUAUGCCUCCUGCAAAGUGUGCAGAAGGACUCACACCAGGGCCGGACUGGGGAUACAAAGCAGCCCUGGAAAAAAAAUCUAUGCCAGCCCCAUAAGUCAUUGCGCCAUAUAUUGCCGCAUGUAAUAUGUAAGGCUAUGUCUUGCCACCCCAGAUGAUUGAGAU